AUGUAUCUGGACGGCCGUCGGGAUGCCGGGCACCGCGGGUACUCCCUCCAGCAGUCAACGAGACCACAGACCGUCGGCUACGGGCUUGCAGACUCACCGGUCGCACAGGCGGCGUGGAUUUAUGAAAAGGUCAGAGACUGGUCUCAUCACGAUGGCAAUGUGGAGACGGUAUUUAGCAAAGACGAGAUGCUCGACACGAUCAUGUUAUACUGGCUCUCCAAUUCCGGCACAUCGUCUGCUCGUUACUAUUGGGAGUGCGAGCCCGACUCGACCGCAUGGCCGAUAGACAUACCGGUUGGCGUGAGUUGGUUUGGCGGCGAUAAUAGUUAUGCACCAAAGGAAUGGUGCGAACGGUACUACAAGAGUAUCGUGUACUGGAACGAGACGGAGAGAGGCGGCCACUUUGCGGCGUGGGAGGUACCAGACGUCUUUGUGGCGGAGGCACGCGAGUGGCAACGCAAGAUCAGGUGA